AUGUCGUUCCCUGUCCUCGCCGUGCAAAACAAGCCCAAGCCCGAGAAACCGUCCGAUCGCGCCUGGUGGAAGAGCGCGACGGUGUAUCAGGUGUAUCCCGCAUCCUUUGCGGACCACGCUGCUAACGGCCAUGGUACCCUACUCGGUAUCAAGAGCAAGGUUCCCUACCUGAAAGAGCUAGGAGUCGACGUGGUGUGGCUGUCCCCGAUCUACGAGUCUCCCAACGCUGAUAUGGGAUACGACAUCUCGAAUUAUGAAAGCCCUGAUCCUCGCUACGGGACGCUCGAGGACUGGGAUAGCCUGCGUGAUGAGGUGCACAAGCACGGUAUGAGGCUGGUCAUGGAUUUGGUGAUCAACCAUUGCUCCGAACAGCACCCAUGGUUCAUCGAGGCCAAAUCGUCCAAGUCCAACCCAAAGCGGGACUGGUUCAUCUGGCGGGACGGCAAAGAGGCGGAUGGGAAACUCGUGCCGCCCAAUAACUGGAACUCGAUCUUUGGCUCCGGUUCGACCUGGGAGUACGACGAGCCGUCGAAGCAGUACUACCUCCACACUUUCCUCAAGGAACAGCCGGACCUGAACUGGGAGAACCCAGAGUUGAGGAAGGAGUUGUGGAGGAUGAUGCGGGUCUGGCUUGAUCGGGGCGCAGAUGGGUUCCGGAUGGAUGUCAUCAACUUCACUGGCAAACACCCUGAUCUCAUCGACGCGCCCAUCGUCAUGCCAGGGCGGGAAUGCCAGCCUUUCGGUCCGUUGUCGAUCAACAGGCUUAUCGUGCACGACUAUCUGAAGGAGAUGCACAAGGAGGUGCUCGUGGACUAUGACUGCUUUUGCGUCGGCGAAUGCCCCGGUAAUGACGAGGUCACCGCCUACUCGCCAUACUCCGUCCCAGCCAACAAAGAGCUUCAGAUGGUCUUCCACUUCCACCACCAAGGCUUCGACCGAGCUGGAAGCGGGUUCGGUCGAGUCCUGGACCCCAACUGGAAGAUGAAGGAUUUCAAAAAGGUGUUUAACGAGUGGAAUGUCGGCAUGGAGGCUGCAGGCGGAUGGAACAGUAACUAUCUCGAGAACCACGACCAGCCCCGAGUGGUCUCCCGCAUCACCUCCGACCAUCCCGAGGACCGCUCGCACUGCGCCAAGCUGCUCGCGAUGUUCCACUGCUCCCUGACCGGCACGAUCUUUGUCUACCAAGGCCAGGAGAUCGGGCUCGCGAACGUGCCCCGUGAAUGGGGAGUGGAGGAGUACAAGGAUAUCGAGACGAUCCAGCAUAUGGAGGGAGAGCUCGCAUGGAGGCGGCAGAGCGGGAAGCCGGAGGAUAAGGAGGGCCUGGCCAAGGAGAUGAGGAUGACUGCGAGGGAUAACGGGAGGACCCCAAUGCAGUGGGAUACCAGCGAGAAUGCCGGCUUCUCGAAGGGCACGCCCUGGAUGCGGGUCCAUGAUGACUUUGCGGAGGGAUGGAACGUCGAGCAGCAGUCCAAGCAGGAAGGAUCGGUUCUCAAGUUUUGGCAAAAGAUGCUGGCGCUCAGGAAGCAGUAUGAGGCCUUGGUCUACGGUACAUUUGGACCGCUCGAGACCGCCGACGACAUCUACGCCUACACCCGCGCUGAUUCCACUAUCAAUCAAAAGCUCCUCGUUAUCCUCAACUUUGCGCGCGGAUCGGACAGGCGCGGAGAGGCCAUGACGUUCGAGGUGCCCAAGGGACUGGAUGUCAGCGGAGCCAAGCUACUUGUCACCAACAACGGGGAGUUGCAGGAGGGGAGCGGGAUCGAGGGUGGGAAGGUGGAGCUGGGCAAGUACGAAGGGCGGAUCUAUCUCUUGUGA